AUGGCAACGACACCUCAAAAGAGUCCGAUUCAAGAGACACUUUCAAGCAUAAGACAAGCAAUAGAAAAACUAAGCCCUUCUCAAGGACUUACUCACACAAAGUCUCAAAUUCCUCCCCUAUUAUCUAAUGAAAGUUCUCCUGUCAGCUCUGACAGCCAAUUUACUGUAGAAAGCUCAGAUGAAAAUCGUCAUAUGAUUUACAGCUUAUCAUCUAUUAAAGAAAAAUCUCCAAAAGGCGACAAAUCAUUAAUUUUCCAAACCUCAGAAAAUCUUCUUAGGUCAUCUCAUUCAGUAAGUGAUUUGACCAGUCCCAGAUUCAAAUACAAUUUCAAUGAGUCUGCUACAAAAAAUAAAGAAAAUUGGGAACUUCAAAUGCUGCUUGAGUAUGAAAAAGAAAAAACUGCGAAACUUGAAUUAAAAGUCGAAGAAAGAGAAAAUAUCAUUGAGGAAUUAACAAAAAAGCAACAAAAAAUUAUGCAAGAGCUAAAAGAAGCAAAAGAUAAUUUUAAUAAUUUGAGAAAUGAAAGAGAAAGCUAUGAAAUGCAGUUUGAGAAAAAAAUUUAUAAUAUUUUUAAUAUACUUGAGUCUGAUUAUAAUUUCAAUAAAUUAUUUUUUAUUUUUUUAAAAAUAAUUAAAUAGGCUGGAUGGGCUGAUGGAGAAUUCAAUAUAAAAAUUAUAUAAAACAGCAACAUAUUUCGUUAGAAAAUAAACACGAAAAAUUGCAACAGCAGUAUGAAAAUGCACAAAAUCAAUUAAAUGCUACAGAUCUUAACUUAAAUUAACUUAAAUUAUUAAUAGACAGGCUCUCGCCUUAAUUUUAACGCAAUCACCGAGGAUCUUCAAAACUGAGAUUCAUCCGCUUUGUAGCUGUGUCCUCCACCAGGGAUGGCAGUAUCUCCUUCUCACCUUUCGACUCCAGUGUUAAGUGGGCAGGCUUCAGGUUUGUGCGGCUUGCUUGACAUGAUGUGUGAGUGAGCAAGGAUUGUCCACACAAAAAUCCAAAAAUUUGGAAUUUCUGGUCUACUCUUGGCAAAAAGGAAAAACAAUUAGCCCAGGGCAUAACUCCUGGCUUCACACUGAUGAAGUGCUCAAUUGAUCUCAGUAUUGCUUGUAGACAUUGCUAUGCGACCUCUUUCCAACUUUGGUGCCACCCUUACCUUUGAGGCAAAAUCCAUCCUUGAAUGCGGAUUUGGGCUAGACGCUCUAAAACGUCAAUAAUUGCUGAACUAGCGUUGCUGUCCAUUUCUGGGAUGGCAAAACCUUUCCUAUAUAAUUAAUAUGUGUUCGAAGGAAGUCAGUGCAGCCACCGCGAAGCGGUGAGACGCUAUAUUUCAUUAUUAAAUGCUAAGGAUCAGCAAAUAAGGAACUUAGAAUUAGAAAGACUAAAUAAUCAAAGGCUUGAGGAAGACAAAAUCAAAAAAAUGGAAGAAUUUGAAAGGGAAAUCACAAGAUUAAUAAGAGAAAAAUCCAACUUCUCUAAAGAAAAUGAAGAGUUACAAAACACGAUUCUGAGCCAAGAAAGACAAAUUGUCCAAAUGAAAUCAAGCAUCUCUGAUAUGCAAAGAGAAAUUGCAAGGCUGAAUUCCGGAAAAAAUAUUAAAGAAGCAGAAAUUAAGACUUUACUUGAAGAAAAAGAUAGGCAAAUUGGACAGCUUAAAAGAGAAAAUUCAAGAAAAGACGAAGAAAUAGAGAAUUUAUUAAAUAAAAAUAGAGUAUUUGAAGAAGAGCUGCGAGAAAUGAAGUUGCACGCUCUUGACGACAAAAACCAUGAAUUUGUAGUAAUGAAACUAAAAGACAAAAUUUCUGCCUUAGCUAAAGAAAAUGAACAAUUAUCCCACGAUCUCAAGCAUAAACGGAAAUUAGAAGAAAUCACUGUUUUCCCUUCCGAUGCUAAUAGAUCUCCACUUAGAUCGCCCAAAAAGAAAAAAGAAAAUUACCACAAAAAUAAUAAAGAAAAUUCUCAUUUUUCCAAUGAUUCAUUGAUCAGUGAAAUUUUAUUGAAUUUAAAAAUAGAAGCAGCCAGCGAAAUAAUCCCAAAAAUAAAACAAAUUCAAGGGGCAUCACACACAAAUGCUGAGCUAAUUAAAAGAAUUUCUCAGCUUAUAAAAACAUGUUCACCUCCAGGGGUUUUUGGAUCUGAGCCAUCAGCAAAACAAGUGUGAAAAUGGAUUAGGAGGUUAAUGGAGGAUUAUGUGAAAUUAAAGCAAAAUAUGGAUUUUGAUGGAAAUAAAGCACUUGUUAAUAGGCUGACUGGGUUUUUAAGAGUUACAGAACCAAAUGAGCUGUUGAAUGAGCUGAAUGGCUUGCUAGCAGAUCAUCACGCUAUGCAGCUUUUAUUAGAUAAAAUCGCUGUAAAGUUGAGGCUGAGUCCAAAUUCCUCACUAAGAGAAAUAGAAGAAGAAAUUGAUGUAAUUUUGUAA